UCAGACUGAGGAAGGAGAAAAGAAGGGGAAAGAUGAAACAGUGAGAAGGAAUAGGAAGGAUGAUGAUGACAGAGACUGUCCCCCUCCCUACUGUACUCCUCAAACUCUCUACCCAGUGUUGCCGGACCUCCCUCCUCCUCAGGCGCCUCCUGCUGAUCCGCUGGAUGCAAGACCACUACAACCUGCAGCCCCACCCCCUGUCUCUCCCAACACCACGGUGAUUGAUCGUCUGGCACGGAGCCUGGCUGAAGUCAUGUAUCAUCAAUACCCUCUGAUGGCAUGUCCUAACCCUCAGCCUCGACCUGAUGAUGCUAAUGCUGCUGCCGCCGCAGCAUGGAACCCCAUUGUGUAUGUCCAGAGGACGUGGAGACAUGAUGAAAUCAAAGACAUUGUAGAGGACCUACCAGACCCAAGUAAGGACGCUGUGAAAUAUUCAGCAGAGAUGAGGGUAUUGUUGGGUCAGUACAAAUCAUCUGCUGCUGAGAUAGCCCAUAUCUGUAAAAAGAAACUGGGACUCAGGUGGGCGGAUGUACAGGGACAGUUUGAUUACAACUACCUGUGGGCUGAGAAUGGCGCAUAUCAGGACCAGAUAACGGCGCUGCUGGCCAGGAUUGUGGAGAUGUAUCCAACUAAGACUGACUGGACUGCUAUCAGAGAAUCCACUAUGAAGAAAGAUGAGGGCCUGGAGGCUUUCAGAAAGAGACUUGAGACCUGUUUCAGGCUACACAGUGGUAUCAGACCAAAUGAACAUGCAUAUGGGGAUCUGCUGAAAGACGCCGUGGUGAGGGGUCUGACACCGGGCCUGGAGAAAGCUGUGAGGACUACCUGCAUCAGUUGGGAGACUGAGCCAUUAGCAACGGUGGUACAGCACUGCAAGCAUGCUGAGAGAACAAAGUACUCAGAAGGAAGAAAGAAUAAAGGAAGAAAAAGUAAAGACACAAACUACAGGCUGCUCAGAUGACGUUUUACCAGGGAGCAGCCCCAGCAGGGACAGGACGAGGGGGUGGAGUGUGCAGGUGCUACAACUGUGGGAAGCCGGGUCAUUUUGCUGCUGACUGCUCCGAGCCAACGAAUCCACAGAGGAACAAAGGCAGGGGUGGACCAAGAAGAGGGGCCCGAGAGGAGGGGGCAAGAAGAGGAGGAAAAGGAGCACAUGCAUGGACAGCUCCAUUCCAACAACAGCCGUGGCAGCCACCUCCCAACCAAUGGCAGGUCGGGCCACCUCACGGGGUCCAGCAACAGUGGGGACCACAAGGAGUCCCUCCAGGCAGAGGACAAACUGGAGCCUGGCAGACGGGGCCGCCGGCACAGACGACCCUGUACAAUCCAGGACAGGGACAGGAGGAGGAGUAUUGACAUGAUGAGAAGACAGGGACAGUUGUGCUAAAAUCCUCAGAGCAACAAGAGCAUUUGUUUUUAAAGUGUCACACCCUUCCGAGAGUAGAGGCAACAGUGGAGGCUUACGUCAAUGGGUGAAAGCAGCUCUACCCCAGCCACUGGUGGGUAUCCUGCACAAACUGCAACCAGGUGACUGGGUGGUGGUGAAAGACCUGAGACGAAAGCAUUGGAACCAGCAGAGGUGGACUAGACCAUACCAGGUGAUGCUGAUUACCCCCACUGCUGUUCGCGUAGCUGAGAGGUCUACUUGGAUCCACGCCAAUCACUGCAGGAAGGUGCCAUACUGCCCACCAGACCCUGAGGAUGGAGGACCAGAGACGCCGGAAGUCACCGACUAGAUGGGAGGAUCAGGCCCAGACUCUACGCAUAAUGUUUCUUGCUCUGGUCUUGAGCCUUCUCAUUACAGUUGCCAUAUGGACAGUGACUCAAGGACAACCGGUCCUGGAAAGACAACAUGGUACGGACUCGACUGAUAACCAUUCAGUCCCACUGCGGGACUUAAAUAGCAGCCACUCCAGCUCGAGCCAACGGCAGGCUCAGGACAGGAGUCCAGCAAACAAUAGCCGCUCCCAUAUCGAAAGAAGAAGGUCAAUGCAUCCACUGGAUGAGCAUCACAGUAGGAAUCACGAGGGAAACACUUGGUGGUCACUGCUUAACUAUACAGUAAAGACUGAACUGAUGUUAGGAAAUACCUCCUGUUAUGUAUGUAGCUUGUUUCCACAUUCAGCGAUCUCCCCAUUCUUACAGUAUUCAGUAGAGGUCAGCAUUAAUGACACUAUGUGCACUAGAGGUGCUCUUGUCCAAUGAGAACACAGGUGGUCAACCUUCACUAUGUAGAACUCUGAGGGAUAAAUACAUUAAUGGUAAUUUGUCAUCAACAAAAGAUUUACGGGGGGGAUUUGAUUGUUCACAUUGGUGUAGUAGAAUCAUCUUAGAAACUAGAUCCCGUGUACCAGAACCUAUUCAAGUCCAACCCCGGCGAACCCCAUUUAGGACCGGUCAUUGUCACAAUCCAAGCAAUAUUUCCAUACCACAAUUGAAUGAAUCCUAUCUGGGAAUGUCAACAUGUGUCAAUUAUAGUGUUUUCCCAAUAGGAUGUAGCUGGAAGAAGGGAACAUGCAGCUCUGGAUACCCCAUUAGAGUGAGGGUGGGACACACCAUUAUUGAUGCUGAAACUGACAAGCUUUCUCCUCAUCAAUUUGGCUCAGCAACAUUUACUGAUCAUUAUUGGAUUUGUGGUGAUAAAGCUUCUCUCUACCUACCCACAAAUUGGACAGGGUGCUGUAUUUUUGGUAAACUAAACAGCUCCCUUGUGGUAAUGCAUAAAACUAAUUCCUCUAUUCCAAGCAGGUUAAGACUAAUUAAGAGGGACAUCUCGCAAUACAAUAAUGUCCCUAGUGACUCUCGACGAUCCUCGAAAUUGGAAAAGUUCUGGCGUGGUUUAAUCCCCUGGUAUGGGGCAUCGGAGAAUGCACAUGAGUUGGAUAGGCUAGGAUAUCAUUUGGAAUCCCUGGUAAAUUUGACCACUGCAGGGUUUUCUAUGAUAAGACCAGAAUUACAAGACACUCAACUCAUGGCAAAACAAAAUAGAGUGGCACUUGACAUGUUGCUAGCACGUGAAGGAGGGGUGUGUCAAAUUAUAGGAGAUCACUGUUGUACAUUUAUACCCCAGGAAGAUGACAAUUUGACUAUUGUAGUGGAACAUUUGAAAGGGAACACCAGCCUGACAUCAACUGGAAUCCGUUAGGAUGGGUUCAGUCAGUGUUUGGUGCUUGAGCUGCGACCAUUUUCCACUGGUUCAUCUGUGGUCUAAUAUUACUGAUUGCUCUUGUUGCUAGUUAGCAUUUGUGUGAAGAAAUUGUUUAAUAAAGUGGUUGUUGUUCUUA